AUGGCCAAAUGUAACGAUAUCCUACCUGACGCGGACGGAACAGAAACACCACUAUGGAAGGGGUUCACCUUUCACCACUUCGGUCUCUUCCUCGCCGCCAUAUUCGGACUGAUAUCGGUCAUCAUGUCGCUCUUCCUGAUUGCGCAACACGCGUUACACUACAUCAAGCCCAACGAACAGAAACACAUCAUCCGCAUCGUUUUUAUGAUUCCCGUCUACAGCGUCGUCAGUUUUCUCAGCUACCUCUAUUGGCGCCAGGCCGUUUACUUCGAAGUCAUCCGUGACUGCUACGAAGCGUUUGCCAUUUCCAGCUUUUUCGCGCUCAUGUGUAACUACGUCGCGAAUAAUUUACACGACCAGAAGGACUUCUUCCGAUCCAUCACGCCCAAGAACUGGUUUAUGCAAUUCUUCUAUCUGCAGAAAUGCACCGGAGGAGAAAAUAGAGGACCUUUGCGAAAACCCCGGAGUGGUCUGACCUGGUUUAAUAUCAUUUGGGUCGGAAUCUUCCAAUACUGCUUCAUUCGCGUAUUCUUCACCAUCGUGUCCGUCAUCACUGAAGCAUUGGACCUCUACUGCGAAUCUUCGCUGAGUCCCGAAUUCGCGCAUCUCUGGACGGUCGUGUUCGAAUGUUUAUCCGUCACGGUUGCCAUGACCAUGGUCGUGCAGUUCUACAUUCAGCUCAAGGAUGUUCUAGCCGAUCACAAACCAGGCUUGAAAGUCCUCAGCAUAAAGCUGGUGAUUUUUUUCUCGUUCUGGCAGAAUAUUGUUAUUUCCCUGCUAUCAUCGAAAAAAGGACCCCUACAUCCGAGCGACCGUCUAGCAUAUCCCGACAUCAAGGUCGGCAUACCUUCAGUUAUGCUCUGCAUUGAGAUGGCAGGCUUUUCCAUCAUGCAUCUUUUCGCGUAUUCUUGGAAGCCAUACAGUAUCAAGCAUUCUUAUCACGAUCAACCGAUGAGGCCGGGAAGUUCAUUAAGCAGAGACAAACCAAAAUAUCUCGGAGGACCGUUUGGAAUUUAUGCAAUCUUGGAUGCCUUCAAUCCAUGGGACAUCAUCAAAGCCAGCGCAAGAGGUUUCAGAUGGCUUUUCGUUGGCUACAGGCAUCGUCUAGAUGAUCCCAGUUAUCUACAACCCCGGAAAGAUUCCACCAAUACAGGCUACAGUGGAGCUCCUUCCCUUGCAGAACAUGGCGGCUCUGCAACCGAGCUCGGUUCACAUCAACCUCCCAGUGAUCUGAACCAUAAAGAAAAUAGACACACAUUCCAAAGAGAAGACGACAGAGCCGGAUUACUUCUCAACCCAGAUCAUCCAGGAGCCACGCGCUCUCACAGUCCCUACGAUCACGAAGGGUACUCUCACCACAGCCAUGAAGACGACUCGUAUCUCGGUGCAAGUCCGUACAGGAAUUCGAGUCGAGUAUCGCGCUCAGAAAUCGGCGUCGCCUUAACAGGAGAUAUGAAGCCGACACAUGAUGAUGAUGACGAAAUCGGCUAUCACCCCGGCAUGGGCCCACCACCCGGAUCCUCAAUAGCCGUCGGUCUACAAGGCAACGUACACCCAGCACAUAGACCUGGCGGAGCCGUCACACCGAAUCAGGGCGAGCGAUUUAAUUCCUCCUCGCCUUGGGCGGCGUCGUAUCCGAAUGAAUCAAGGCAUCCCGAUAGCUUAAAUCCGGGCCCGCCGCGACAGUUUUGA